UGGUUCCACCGCCGUAGUGAUGGGCGAAGAGGGGUCUUCACAAUUCGCACGUUUUGAGUUACCGGCUAAGCCGGUCGUCCUCACUGGAUCUCUUCCGAGUUGGUCGGAUUUGAGGUCUUUUCUGGUGUCAACUUUGGUCUGAAAUGGAGAGGGAUUUUUUAGGUCUCAGCUCCAAGGAGGAGCCAUUGGCUAAGGUGAAAGAGGAAAUUGACAACGAUGGAGCCCAAGGGUAUUCUAAAAGCUCUGGUGUUCCUCAUCCGAUGGCUUUCAAGAUUUCUGCUGAGGACAAGACUGCGUAUCCGGUUGUGGCUGCUUCGGAUCAACGCAGAGCAGCGGAUGCCCAGAAAACGUUCAAUCUGGAUAGGCAAGGUGGCCCUCAAAUUUCCCUGGCAGCUUAUCCUAUGCAAUCUGAUUUGUAUUCGAUUCAUCGUCCUCAUGAAACGAAACUAUUUUCCGUUCCAAAUCAAGGUAUAUCUGUUUCAUUAGGUAAUCCAUCCGUGAAGAACCCUUUUGCUCUUCCUGCUCAGAUGGCUGGUCCUAUCCUCAAACAACCACUUGGAGGAGUCCCGGUUUCAAGCGCUCUGAAUUCAUUUUUCCCGCCAUUUGGAUCCAUUUCUGGGAUCACUGAACCAUGGAAUAGCAUGAAACCAACUGGUGGGUCUCCAGCUCAACUGACUAUUUUUUAUGGUGGUACCGUCAAAGUCUAUGAUGACAUUACCCCUGAAAGGGCUCAGGCUAUAAUGUUCUUGGCUGGAGCUGGGGCUUCCGUAUCCAACAUUGCACAUCAAAAAGCUCAAGCUCAAGCUCAAGCUCAUGGAAUGGGUGCAAAAAUGGCAACCGCAAGUGAUGGUGCUCCCAAGAACCAACCCGUGAGCACCUUGCCCUGCCCUGCUCUAUCUAGCCCCUUGUCUGUUUCUUCUCACACAGGAGCCCAGUCUGGGAGUGGUUCAAGUUGUUCUGAUGAGUUGGGAGGAGUUAAAACCAAUGGACUUCCCACCACUCCUAUCAGCAAAGGAGAGCCUCCAAGAAUAGUCAAUGCAGUCGGACCUGUUGCUGCUACUGCUAUGCUGCCCUCUGCUGUUCCACAGGCUCGUAAAGCAUCCUUAGCUCGGUUCUUAGAAAAGCGCAAGGAAAGGGUCAUGAGCUCUUCUCCAUACAAUCUUAGCAAGAAACAUCCCGAGUGUGCUGCGACAGAAUCCAACGGUGCAAAUUUCUCGAGUCCUAUCACGAGCAACAGUGCUAAUGUGGCAAGCUGAGAACAACAAUCCUUUAUGAUGUAAAACAUAGAGAAUGAUGGUUUUGUAAGUUAAAGAAGAAGAUGUAAGCUAAUGGUUCUUAUGGUCUAUUAUUAUGUGAACAGCCUUCAUGAGCCUUGACUAUUAAAGUUUUAAUAGUUCCAUGUCUUAAAUAAUAUUUUGCCUACACAAAGCUGUUCUAAAGUUUUCAAUUAAUAUC